CUAUUGCAAAUGAAACUCCUUUUAUUCAUUUCCUCGUUGUUUCCCAGCUUACUGAAAAAUAUGGAGACAUCUUCAGCAUGCAGAUGGGCAGCAUGUCAUUUGUGUUCGUAAGUGGGCUGCAGAUGGCUAAGGAAGUUCUUGUAAACCAAUGGGAAAACUUCAUGGAUCGACCUGAAACUCCUGUUAACAAGGAGCUUUUCAGCAAGACAGGUGAGUUGUCCCUCAGCACACAGAUGUCAGCUGUGAGGUCAAGGCUCACCUUGACCACCCUCCGAAAUUUCGGCUUGGGGAAGAGGAGCCUGGAGGAGCGCAUCCAGGAGGAGUGCCGAUGCCUCGUGGAUGUGUUUCAGGAUGAGCAGGGGGAUCCUUUCAACCCUCACUUCAAAAUCACUAACGCCGUUGCAAACAUCAUUUGCUCCAUCACCUUUGGCAAUCGGUUUGACUACUACAACGAGGACUUCCAAAAACUGCUGCAGCUGAUGGAUGAGACGAUUAAGCUCCAAGCGAGUAUCAUGAGCCAGGUUUACAAUUUUUUCCCAUCGAUUAUAAAGUUCCUCCCUGGAUCCCACCAAACUGCUUUUAAAAACGGGAGGUUGUUGAAAAACUUUGUGAAAGAGAAGAUCGACAAACACAAGGAGGACUGGAACCCCUCAGAGAGCCGGGACUUCAUCGACAGCUACCUGCAGGAGAUAGCCAAGGACAAUGGCGUUGGCAGCUUGCAGGAGGAAAACCUUGUGGUGUGUGUGCUCGACCUUCUGUUUGCUGGGACUGAGACCACUUCUGUAACGCUCCGCUGGGCUCUGCUGUUUAUGGCCACUUACCAAGAAAUUCAAGCCCGUGUGCAAGCCGAG